AUGGCGGACUCACUGCACAAUGCUCCUAUAGUGCUAGAUAAUGGUUCCGGUACAAUUCGAGCUGGGUUUGCCGGUGAAGAUCUACCAAAAUGUUAUUUUCCUUCAUUUGUUGGAAGACCGAAACAUUUGCGAGUACUGGCAGGCGCGUUAGAAGGAGAUGUGUUCAUUGGGCAACGAGCGCAAGAAUUAAGAGGACUAUUAAAGAUUAAAUACCCACUGGAACAUGGCAUAGUUACGGAUUGGGAUGAUAUGGAGAGGAUAUGGGAGUACGUUUAUGGAGAAGGCCUUAAGACCUUGAGUGAAGAACAUCCUGUUUUAUUAACAGAACCACCUCUCAAUCCUCGAAGUAAUCGAGAUACAGCUGCACAAAUUUUAUUCGAAACCUUCAACGUCCCCGCUCUAUACACAUCAAUUCAAGCUGUUCUUUCGCUAUACGCAUCAGGACGAACGACUGGAAUAGUACUUGAUGCCGGCGAUGGAGUUUCACAUGCAGUUCCAGUAUACGAAGGCUUCGCUAUGCCGAGUUCAAUACGAAGGAUAGAUGUGGCUGGACGAGAUGUUACAGAGUAUAUGCAAACUUUAUUACGGAAGGCUGGAUACGUCUUCCAUACCAGCGCAGAGAAAGAGGUAGUGAGAAUGAUCAAGGAGAAAGUAAGCUAUGUGGCAGGAGAUCCGAAAAAAGAAGAAAAGGACUGGUCGGGUGCCAAAUUAGGGGAUGGAAAACUUGUGGAAUACGCAUUACCGGAUGGCAAUAAGAUCAAGAUUGGAGCAGAACGAUUCAGGGCACCUGAAAUUUUAUUCGAUCCUGAAAUUAUUGGGUUGGAGUACCCAGGUAUCCAUCAAAUUGUGGUGGACGCAAUUAAUCGUACAGAUUUGGACCUCAGAAAGUCUCUAUUUGGCAAUAUUGUAUUGUCUGGUGGAAGUACUUUAACGAAGGGUUUUGGAGACAGAUUACUACAUGAAGUGCAAAGAUUGGCAGUGAAGGAUAUGAGAAUCAAGAUCUUUGCUCCACCAGAGAGGAAAUACUCAACCUGGAUUGGUGGUAGUAUCUUGGCUGGCCUAAGUACAUUUAGAAAGAUGUGGGUGAGCAUUGACGACUGGCACGAGAAUCCCGAUAUCAUUCAUACGAAAUUUACAUAA